GGGCUUCUUAUGUUAAAAUUCAAUAACUUUUUUCUGCGCCAUUGUAGCUGACCUCUUCCCUACCCUACUAUUUAUUUGGAUUUUCUCUCCAAUUUCUCCCUGUUUCUUGUGCCUCAGAAUUCUCUGCCUGAAAUCCUAACAACCUGCAAUCUCUCUCUCUCUCUCUCUCUACCAAUUGGAAUUGGUGUUUAUCUUCUGAAACCUCUUCACUUCUUAGGCCUGACAGUGUAACUCCCCUCAGUGAUGCCAUUGUUUUGGCCAUAACAGUAAAAGGGCUCAGAGACUGUUCAAGCUUCUAUGGGUCGGUCUCCUUGCUGUGAAAAAGUGGGACUGAAGAAAGGGCCAUGGACUCCUGAGGAAGACCAGAAGCUCUUGGCUUACAUAGAGGAGCAUGGCCAUGGAAGCUGGAGAGCCUUGCCUGUAAAAGCUGGGCUUCUUAGGUGUGGGAAGAGUUGUAGACUGAGGUGGACUAACUAUUUGAGACCUGAUAUUAAGAGAGGGAAGUUCAGUUUACAGGAAGAGCAGACAAUUAUUCAACUUCAUGCUUUGCUUGGGAACAGGUGGUCGGCAAUCGCGACUCAUUUGCCUCGAAGAACCGAUAAUGAGAUCAAGAAUUACUGGAACACCCACCUGAAGAAGAGGCUCGCGAAGAUGGGCAUCGACCCGGUCACCCACAAGCCCAAGACCGACGCCCUCUGCUUGGUCGACGGGCAGAGCAAGAACGCUGCCACCCUCUCCCACAUGGCUCAGUGGGAGAGUGCAAGGCUCGAAGCGGAGGCCCGGCUCGUCCGAGAAUCAAAGCUUCGCUCCGCCUCCACUAAUCAUAGCAAUAGUAAUAACAACAAGAAUAAUUACAGUAAGCUCCUCCAACCGCCGCUCAGCUUUUCUGCCACUCAAAUUCAACAGCAGCAACCGAAAGAUUGCUCGGGUCUGCCGCUCUGCCUGGAUGUUCUCAAAGUGUGGCAGGGUGGCUGGCAAAACAAGAUCAUGAGGUGCAACGGCCAAGAUUUGGCCAUGCUCGAGUCACCGACUUCCACUCUCAGCUUCGGUGGUGACAACAACAGCUCGUUGCCGAAUCCGGCUGCUGUGGGAUUUGGAGGGGAGAAUCCGGCAGCCGGUAACGAGUUCGUGGAGAAUCAGAUGAUGCUGGGGCCAUCGGAUGAGAAAGAGGAGUACUUGCCAUCUCUGUGUGAUCAGGACGAGGGGCUCAAAUGCGGCGGCGUUUACUCCUUCCUCCAACAAGCAUUGCGAAGGUCGUCUUCUCAAAAUUUUCCCCUAACAGCAAACGAAGAAGAAGAGAAGGAGGAGGUGACCAGGAAGCUCGCCGGAAACAGGCUUGAAAAAGUGGACGGCCUCUUCACAAGCCUGCAAGACAUGGUUUUCCCAGCAGAUAAUUCUGGCGACUUCAAGGCCGGGUCGGGCUUUAACAUGGAGGGCUUCAUGAGUGGCGACCUCCUCGUCGUGUUGGCCGACGCCCACAGUGAGCCUGAAAACAGGCUGCAGAGCUCCAACGACCAAAUUUCCGGCGAAAACGCCCGAGCCAACACCACUGAAGAGGACCACAAGAGCUAUUGGAACAAUAUCUUUAACCUGGUGAAUUCUCCACCAGCUGCCUCCCCCAUAUUCUGAUAUUUUCGACCCAAAAAGCAGGCCGAAAAGUACCAGGAAUAAAGGGUACAAGUAUCGAUCCAGGGUGAUGUUAUCAUAGAGAAGUUGAAGUAAAAAAACGACAAUUACAGUUGAGAUGGGUUAGAGAUGUUAGUGAUUAGGAGGAGGUUCUAUUAACAGGGGGUGGGGUGGGGUGAUCUGUUUGUUCAUGUUCUUCUUUUGUUGUUUUGAUUGGGUAGUACUACUCUUCUCUGCGACAACAACCGCAAGUGUAAGAAAAAGCAGGGUUGAUUUAAUAAGAAUGAGUGCCCAACGUUACGGCGCACUUGCAGUGA